ACACAUACACACUGUUCAUUGGUGGAGAAGUGCCCCGCGCUGCACCGCUAACCGUCACUAACCCCGCCCCUUUAUGCAAAUCAAAAAGACACACGGUCUUCGCCGAAGGAGCAAACGCCCUCUGAUUGGUCAGCGACAAACCCAUUUAUAUUCGCUGACAGUCGCUCUAUGAAUGGUUGUCUAUUAACUUGUUCAAAAAGUAUUAGGAGUUGACAAGGGCUCUGGCGAGGAGGGAAACUGAGUUUGUGUUGAUCCUUCAAGAGUAAGAAAAGAAGUUUGUGGGCACAACAGGACCUGAGAGUACCUACCUCCUCAGCAAACUUAUCAGAACUGGUGAAGUAACUUCAGCCGCCACCAAUUUGGACUUGUUUUUUUACCAGUGGUGAGAAAGAUUUUAAGAAAAUCCUUUUAAAUGUACAACAUGAUGGAAACCGAGCUGAAACCCCCGGCCCCUCAGCCCAACACGGGGGGCACGGGGAACACCAACUCUUCAGGAAACAACCAGAAAAAUAGCCCGGACCGGGUCAAGAGACCCAUGAACGCCUUUAUGGUGUGGUCGAGGGGACAGAGGAGGAAAAUGGCACAGGAGAACCCAAAAAUGCACAAUUCGGAAAUAAGCAAACGACUCGGGGCCGAGUGGAAACUUCUCUCCGAAAGCGAGAAGCGACCCUUUAUUGACGAAGCCAAGCGUCUUCGGGCGCUCCACAUGAAGGAACACCCGGAUUACAAAUACAGACCCCGGAGAAAAACCAAGACCCUUAUGAAGAAGGACAAAUACACCCUGCCAGGUGGGCUUCUGCCAGGUGGGAAUGCCAUGGGCGCAGGUGUGGGUGUAGGGGCUGGUUUGGGCGCUGGGGUCAACCAGAGGAUGGACAGCUACGCUCACAUGAACGGCUGGACCAACGGAGGCUACGGCAUGAUGCAGGAACAGCUGGGUUACCCGCAACACCCGGGGCUGAAUGCGCACAACACGGCACAGAUGCAGCCCAUGCACCGCUACGACAUGAGCGCGCUCCAGUACAACUCAAUGACCAACUCGCAGACGUACAUGAACGGCUCACCCACCUACAGCAUGUCCUAUUCGCAGCAGAGCACGCCGGGAAUGACGCUGAGCUCCAUGGGCUCGGUGGUGAAGUCUGAGUCCAGCUCAAGUCCACCGGUGGUUACUUCGUCCUCUCACUCUCGAGCCGGACAGUGUCAAACAGGGGACCUGCGGGACAUGAUCAGUAUGUACCUGCCCGGGGCGGAAGUCCAGGAGCAGAAUGCCCAGAGCAGACUUCACAUGUCCCAACAUUACCAGAGCGCACCUGUGCCCGGCACGACGAUUAACGGCACUAUUCCCUUAUCGCAUAUGUAAAUAAUCUUUUUUACACUGCUGGACUUUUUAGGACUAUUUUUGUACAGAACACUUUGGGGAGGGAAAGUUGUAUAGAUCUCAAGGAAAGAACACAAAACUUUUGCUUUCUAUUUAAAGAGGAACGGUAGGAACUUUUACGUUCUGUUGUUUUUUUUUUCUCUAUUUUUUAUCCCAGAAGGUGUUUGAGAUAUAAUGGAAAUAAAAACGGGGGAGCACGAAUCAAAUGUUUUAUUAAUGCAAUCGACUUUUUGUACAGUAUUUAUCAAAGAAACAUAAUAACAACCAGAUGUAAUGUUUGUAAACAGCAGCAGGUCACAUUUUUAGAAAUGUUAAAAAAAGAUGGCAGAAGUGAUGUUUAAGCGAGAAUGCUCCAAAAUUCUGCACAUUCUAAAAUGGAAAGGACUGACAAAAAGAGUUUCUCAUUGAAGGUACAAAUUAAUAAACCGUAAUUAUUAUUAUUGUUAUUAUUAUUAUUAUUAUUAUUAUUAUUAUUAGUUCUGAGAGAACACACAAAGACACUCUUGCAGGUUAGGCGUUUUAUUUUAUUUUGUUUCUCGGUCUCCCGCUCUUCAUCUGUUUUAGCUAAAUGAAGUUUGUGUUCUUUAUUUUCCCAUGGUUUGUAAAUUUUCUGUAUAUUUACUGUGAUAUUUUAAGUUUUUAUUUUAAAACUUUCAUUUUUCGUAGUUGUAUUUUAAAAUGUGGCCUGUCCGCAGUUGCCAACGCUCCAUGUAUAUAUAUUUUAACUAAUGACAUCAUUAUAACAGUUACAAUCUGAGUUUUUUCAAUAUGCAGUUUGAAAUGAAUAAAUUUUUGAAAUUUGGAUA